AUGGAGUCUCAGUCGGACGGUCAUGUCAGGUUCGAAGAGAGUCUAGAGAACCUGCAGCGCAGUCGGACCGCAACCUCGCCCACUGCUCCCUUGCAGCACACCGAUACUGCUGGAUCCAAGGUCUCUGUCAAGACGAUGCGAAGAAGAAAUAGACAAGGGUCUAAUACUGUCAUAUACGGCGGGACCGAUAUGGGCAGAACAACGGGAUGGGCGCCGGGACUCGAGCCCGGAAUUGACACAAGCGACCCUGCACCAACUGGACAAGAAGGACAUUUGACUUCGGUACAUUACGAAAAUCUCAAGCAAAGAUGUGAGAUCACGGUGGUGGACUUCAGCAACGAUGAUAUUACCACGACAGACCUGGACAACGACAACCUCGAAGAAUUCUUGCAGAAGCCUCAGCAACCGGCCGACGUGAGGUGGAUCAACGUUAAUGGCCUUUCAUGGGAUGUGAUCCGACUUUUGGGCAACAACAAGCGCCUUCACCCCCUUGCCAUCGAGGAUUUGAUCAACACCAGGAAUAGGACGAAAGUGGAUUGGUAUAGUGACCAUACUUACAUGGUUCUACCUCUCCAAAAGCUCAUCAAUCUUGCGGACGAUGAGGAUGACGACGACGAAAGCUCAGACGACGAGAAAUCCUUUCUGCCUGAUUUCAUGAGGAAUGAAGACGCCGGAUACGGUGCGGACAUUCUGACCGAACGCCAAAGAAGAAACAGGCUGCGCAAGAAGAAGGGCGCCUUCUGGGCACUGUGGGAUGACAUUUUCAAGCCUAAGAAAAACACCAACGCAACACAGCCCGACAACCUAAACCUCACUCCCACGUCCAGUUUCAGGAAACCAAGCAAAGGCGAGACGCCAUGGGCACCUAGACAAACUCGAUCAAUGCAACGCUAUCACUGCGGCCCGAACAUAGACCGUAUCGAAUAUAUGGAACGACACUCCGUCCUUCGAUCCCGCGGUAUCGGCGUGUCCAUGGAACAAGUCUCGAUCUUCCUCUGCGCCGACAACACCGUGAUCUCCUUCUUCGAGUACUCGGCGCACGACGUCCAAACACCUCUCAUCCGCCGUCUCCAAACACCAGGCACCAUUCUGCGCCAAUCCGCCGACGCAUCUAUGCUGGCGCAAUCGAUCCUCGAUGCAAUAAUCGAUCUGGCGAUCCCGGUCACCACCGCGUACCAAGACGUUAUAGGCGACUUGGAACUUGACGUCUUAACCGACCCAGACAUCCACGAGGGCAACACGCUGUACAUUCUGACCUCGGAGAUCUCCAUCCUGCGUAACGCUAUAGCACCUAUUGUCCAACUCAUCGGUGCGCUGAAGGACCACAAAUCCGACGCUGUAGCCAUGCCUCCGACCAGCCCAGCACCGAUCGCCAACGGCGACCCCAUGAACAACCAAAAACCGCCUUAUUCUCGCAAACAAUCCCAUUUCAUUUCUUCGGGCGUGCAGAUAUCGCCCCUCUCAGUCACAUAUCUCGGUGACGUCGAGGACCACGCGCUGCUCAUCCAGGAUGGGUACGACCAAAUGCGCCGCAGCGCUGACAACUUGGUUGACCUGAUCUUCAACACCGUCUCGGCCUACCAGAACGAGAGCAUGAAACAACUCACGGUCGUGACGUGCUUUUUCUUGCCCCUGACCUUUCUGACGGGGUACUUUGGUAUGAACUUCCACAACUUCGACGGCGUGCAACUUCACAGCGAUGCUUUCUUUUGGAUCAUUUCAGCCCCGGUCAGUCUUGUCGUGUUCUUGAUUCUCAUGCGCGAUGUCAUGACUCGCAAGGUUGUGCGGUGGGCGCAAAAGGCGCUCAUUGCGCGUGGGAGGAGGAGGAGGUUGAAGGGCUCUUGA